AUGGGCUGGGUGCACCAUGCUUCGCCUGAAGUGGAGGCCGAGUCGCAAUACCGCCUGAUUUUAGGGGUAUGCCUGGGCUUGACCGUGUUGAUGGUUAUUACUGUCUGCCUGCGCCUAGCAAUUCGAUUUAACGCCCGCCGAUUGGAAGCGUCCGACUUUGUGAUGCUGGUGACUAUGGCCUUCAGUAUCAUAUACAGCGCACUGUGCAUCGCUCAAAGCAGAUAUGGACUUGGAUUGCCCUUGUCGCUGCGCCCCAAAGCAGACCUUCCAGAUUACACAAAGCUCAAUUAUGCCGGUCGCCCAUUCUAUCAACUCGGAAUUGCUGGAUUCAAAGCUUCCCUCUGCCUCAACUAUCUGCGAUUGAUUUCCGGAACGUCCAAGAAUUACUACCGAAUCCUUAUAUGGGCCGUAAUAACCAUCUCGACACUUGGUCAUCUUGCGGGAACCUUGGUUCUGGUAUUCGACUGCCAGCCGGUUGAGCGCGCCUGGAAUCCGAAUAUCUCAGGAUCCUGUCUCCCAGCAGGGCCAACAUUUUAUGGUUUAGCCAUCUUCACCAUCAUCUGCGACAUCACCAUCAUUAUCCUUCCCAUUCCGCUAUUGCUCCAACUGAACAUCAAGACAGCACAAAAAGCAGGAGUGGUUUGUCUGUUUCUGUUGGGGUUGUUCACCACGAUCUGCUCGAUCCUCCGCCUCACACAAAUCCAUCGGGUGGCUUAUGGCGAUGGAAACUCGACCAUGUUGGUGCUGUGGGGCACAAUUGAGUUCAACGUCGGGAACAUUGUAACUUGUGUUCCCUUUCUCGCCCCUCUGCUGAAAGGUGCGGUGCGCGAUUUCCGAUCGUACAGUGGUCGAAAAGGGUACGAUAGCCGGAGUUAUGCUUUGCAGACCUGGUCCAAAGAUCCGCGCUCGCAGUUACGGUCGACAACUUCGGCGGCGCCGCAACCCAAACGCACGCCCAGCGAAGAGCUUAUCCUCGAAAGUGGGGGCAUCGACGAGGGAGGCAUUCAUAUGACGGUGGAGCUGCGUGUGUCGCUAGAGAAGAGGCCAACAACAGAGGCCAGAGAGUGA